UUCUAUUCAAAAUUUCAAAUUUCGAACGGCUCUCUGCCCUAAUAACAAGUAACAGCCAAUGCCUGAAACCCCAAACCCUCAAAUCCAAUACUCUCUUUCACUUUCUCGUUAGCUUCUACUGUCCAUUUCUUCCAAAAACCACUUCUCGGAAAACUAUUUCUGAUUUCAAGAAUCGAGAACUGAUCUAUUUUCACUAGAUGGGCACAUCAAGGAAAUGGCUUAAGUCGCUAAUCACUCUCAAAAAUCUCCCAUCGACCAACCUGGAAGAACAGAGCGACAAUUAUAAGGGCAAGAAGAAAUGGAGGCUAUGGAGGAGCUCAUCGCAGGGGUUCGGACCAUCCUCAUCGAAGGGAUUGAACAGAAUCCAUGUAGCAUCGUCAGAGUCGUCCCUUGUCCUCGAUCAUGCGUUCGCUGCUGCCAUGGCUACUGUUGCCAGAGCUCCGCCUAAAGAUUUCCUGCUCGUCAAACAAGAAUGGGCCGCGAUACGGAUCCAAACCGCUUUUCGAGGCUUAUUGGCAAGGCGGGCAUUGAGGGCCUUGAAAGCAGUGGUGAGGAUCCAAGCUAUAUUUCGUGGUCGGCAGGUCCGAAAGCAGGCUGCCGUGACCCUGAGGUGCAUGCAAGCUCUUGUCAGGGUUCAGGCUCGAGUGAGGGCACAGGGUUCAAGAAUGUCUUCAGAAAGCCAAGGCUUGGACAAAUUAUUGGGUGAACACCAGAUGGCUGAUCCCACCAAGCAGGCUGAGCAAGGAUGGUGUGAUAGUGUGGGUACUGCCGAUGAAGUUAGAGCAAGGUUACAAAUGAGGCAAGAAGGAGCCAUCAAGAGGGAGAGAGCAACUGCUUACUCUCAACAGCCAUCAAGAUCAUGUGCAAGCCCGGCUAGAAGAAGAAACAACUCAGCAUCAUCUAUCAAGGAUCAAAGGAUGGAUAACAGCAGCCCAGGAUGGAGCUGGCUAGAACGGUGGAUGGCCGCCAAGCCAUGGGAAAACCGACUGAUGGAUGAAAUUCAAAACGACUCAUCAGAGACUUCAUUUUCCAGGAAAAGUGAAGAUAACAUUGCCAGUAUAUAUUCAUAUUCUUCAAUAAAUGACUCUGUAAAAGUGAGAAAAAACAAUGUAUCAACAAGAAUUCAUGCUAAACCUCCUGUGGUCAAUCAGAUUACCCGCUCAUCUUCUGCACCAAGUUCUGAAUCCCUUUACGAUGAGAGCUCGGAAUGUACUCCAUCCUCAACUGUUUCUCCAAUUCCAUUGUCUAGCAACACAUUCAUGUUGGACAAAGUGGAGGAGAGGUAUAAUCGUAAUCCAAGUUACAUGAAUCUCACAGAGUCGACUAAGGCCAAGCAAAAAGUUGACAGGCAUUUUUCUGCUCAUAAUAUGCGAAGGCAUACAGUGGAGAAUCAGUUUCACAUGUUAUCAAUGCCACUUUCCGAUGGAGAUGCCAAGAGUAGUGCUGGUUCCAAUCCUUCAUUUAAUUUUUGCAGAGAUGAUGAGCUGAGAAUUCAAGGACACUAAGUCCUGCUUACUUUCUUGAUGAGUUCAACUGCUUGUUGCCCUUAGCAAAGUUGGCAGAACAAGUGAUUGAUUUGGAAUGAUUGUGAUUGUACAGUAGAAAGCUGAAAUUUGGAUAUGCUGUCUUGUGUCUACCAACUUCUUCUCAGGGAACCAAAUUGUUCUGAUGCAUUUUUAAAGCUUGCAGAUUCAUAGUAGUCUACGAAUAUUGAUUUGGAAAAUGUUUCACUGUUUUCAUGUUUGUAAUUGCUGUGAUUAAAUCAAGGUUGAAGAGCAUUCUGUAUUAUUGCUGAUAUGGAGUUCCCUCUUCCAUGAAUAUUAUUCUAUCUGUUAGGAUUCUUCCAUUGUUAUAGGAAUUACAGAAAGAGAACACUGAGAUGAAAUCAUGAUUUUUGUUAAAUUCAAGAUAAUUCUCUCUC